AUGGCUUCAUACGCGCAGGACAGACUGUGGUCGUGGCUGGUUUGCGCUUCUGCAACUCUCUCAUGGCUGGCCGCCUUAGGCUUUGUGUUCAGUUUUGGAAUUUUCUUUCCUGUCUUUAUGGAUUACUUUCAAGAGAGCAGAGAAAAAACGGGUAAUUUGUACUCUUAAACAACAUGAUUCUGUAGGACAACAUCUGACCUAGAUUUGCUUGUUGGUCAGCCGGUGCAAGCGGAAAGCUUGAAAAUCGGCGUAGAUGGCUACGAAGGAAAACGAAAAGAAAAAAUGAUUUAAUUUGAAUUGAAUCUCUUACGUAUUGAGGCCAAAUUAUGUAAAUCGAACCAGGUCGAUUUGCAACCUGUUGAGCUGAUUUCAGUUUAGGUGUUCGGCGACAUUACUUACGUAGGUGACUAAAUUCUACUCCAGCGAGCGCAGCUAACAAUUUUUGCGGCGCUGCUGUUUUGUGAUCGAAUUCGUAUCUCAAACGUGAGCUAUCUCUUUUCGAGAAAAGAGGCAUGAUUUUAUGGAAAAAUCGGAUGUCUGCCAGUGCUAUGAAAUUUUUAAAUAUCUCAAUCAAAAUCUAGUAUCCCCGGGAAAAAUUUUAUUAAAAGAGGGAUCAAGCGACCUGAGAGUAGAGUAACAGCAAAUAUUUACUGAACGAGAUAAUUGCCAAGCGAUUGGAUUUUCUCUUCACUACAGUCGAGUCAACUGUUCGGUGCCGGUUAGUGUCCCCGAAGCCGCCAUCGGGUAUAAUAAAUUAUCCCCGUCAUAUCUUUUGUUAGCCUCGGGGCGUAAUAUGCUAUUCAGGGGUACAUUUUUGUUGAUUCAGAAAUUUUGUUGACAGCGGAUACCGAAUGCUAAAAAUAAUCGAUUACAAACAGCGUCACACGUUCUCAAGGUGUGACCAUCUAGCCAAAUGUUUGAGCGUGACUUUGGGAGACAAGCUAUGCCAGCUUUUUCGGUUUAACGAUUUAGCGUUUCGUUACUUACCUCUAAAAAGCUCUUUUUUUAAUUUCGCUCUCUAACCAUCAUUUGCUCUUUGAUUAGGAGUUUUCUUUCAUUUUGUAUAAAGUAGUCAGCGAUAAACGCGUAGGAUUUUAUUUGAGGAAGCUUCGUCACAAGUUAACCCUUAACCCCCCCUCCCAGAGGAGUGUUAAGCAACUAAUUUCUCAUAACAAUAUCACCCCUGAAUCAAACAUUAAGGUCACCAGAAUAAAGGGAAAUGAUUAAGAGCUUCUCUAGAAUCUAGAGAAGCUCUUGAUUUUUUGACAAAUUCUCCCUGUCAGUACAUUAAGAAAUUUUUUUGUAUAGAGAACAGUAUGGAGAAUUUGCAUACUGCUGUCAGGGUGUAGAGGGUCAAGAGACAGUAGAAUCUGAAUACAGUGGAGAAGGAGAAAUUUACUCAAUAGCUCUGUUCAGCAGAAAUAGUUUCUUGACCACAUUGGUGGAGGGAUCAUGAAAAAUCCCACCAUCAAUAUAGAGGGAUUAAAAAAAAAAAAAGGACAUGAAAUAUCUCAAGGGGGGGGGGAUCAUCACGUAAAUUUCCCGUUUUCUCAACAAAAAUCCUCCUCUCACCACCCCCACCCCUUUCUCCUUUCCCGAUUAUAAAUAAUAAGCAGACCCUUAGGAGAAGUAUCUAUUUUCCCAAGAGAAUAUAAUCUCUUGUUUCCCCAAUAUCCCUUGACACUGUUGUCAUUUUUUUUCGCAAAUUCUCUCUCAGUUUAGAAAAUUUGAAUUGAGCUAACCAGCGAAACAGUCGCUGACAUUAUAGGCUAAACAGAGACGUUCUUUGAGAUGUCACGCAAAGUCGAUGGACGCUUGAGAGAGAUCCGGGAGAACCUGGGAGUCACACAAGACAUGUUAAAACUUAUAACGCUUUCCAGAUCAAAAACAUCACGUGCAACAUAAAUCAGACUUCAGUUAUAGUAAAAGCAUCAUGGCUUCGUACGCGCGGGAUGGUCUGUGGUCGUGGCUGGUUUGCGCUUCUGCAACUUUCUCAUGGCUUGCCGCCUUAGGCUUUGUGUUCAGUUUUGGAAUUUUCUUUCCUGUCUUUAUGGAUUAUUUUCAAGAGAGCAGAGAGAAAACGGGUAAUGUAAUUUGUACCCUUAAACGACAUGAUUCUGUAGCGCAACAUCUGACCUAGAUUUGCUUGUUGGUCAGCCGGUGCAAGCGGAAAACUUAAAAAUCGGCAUAGAUGGCUACGAAGGAAAACGAAAAAGAAAAAUGAUUUGAUUUGAACUGAAUCUUUUACGUAUUGAGGCCAAAUUAUGUAAAUCGAACCAGGUCGAUUUGCAACCUGUUGAGCUGAUUUCAAUUUAGGUGCUUGGCGACAUUACUUACGUAGGUGACUAAAUUCCACUCCAGCGAGCGCAGCUAACAAUUUUUGCGGCGUUGCUGUUUUGUGAUCGAAUUCGUAUCUCAAACGUGGGCUGUCUCUUUUCGAGAACAGAGGCAUGAUUUUAUGGAAAAACUUUGUUAAAAGAGGGAUCAAGCGACCUGAGAGUAGAGUAACAGCAAAUAUUUACUGAACGGGAUAAUUUCCAUGCGAUUGUAUUUUGUCUUCACUACAGUCGAGUCAACUGUUCGGUGCCGGUUGGUGUCCCUGAAGCCGCCAUCGAGUAUAAUAAAUUAUCCCCGUCAUUUCUUUUGUUAGUCUCGGAGCGUAAUAUGCUAUUCAGAGGUACAUUUUUGUUGAUUCAAAUUGUCGACAGCGGAUGCCGAAUGCUAAAAAUAAUCGAUUACAGAUCAGUUUGUGACAAGCAUUCACAAUUUUGUGUCACGCAACAGAGUCACACGUUCUCAAGGUGUGACCAUCUAGCCAAAUGUUUGAGCGUGACUUUGGGAGACAAGCUAUGCCAGCUUUUUCGGGUUAACCGUUUAGCGUUUCGUUACUUACCUCUUAAAAACUCUUUUUUUAAAUUUAUUCUCUAAACAUCAUUUGCUCUUUGAUUAGGAGUUUUCUGUCAUUUUGUAUAGAGUAGUCAGCGAUAAACGCGUAGGAUUUUAUUUGAGGAAGCUUCGUCACAAGUUAACCCUUAACCCCCCCCUCCCAGAGGAUUGUUAAGCAACUAAUUUCUCCUGACAAUAUCACCCCUGAAUCAAACAUUAAGGUCACCAGAAUAAAGGAAAUGAUUAAGAGCUUCUCUAGAAUCUAGAGAAGCUCUUGAUUUUUUGACAAAUUCUCCCUGUCAGCACCUUAGGAAAUAUAUAGAGAACAGUAUGGAGAAUUUGCAUACUGAUGUCAGGGUGUAGAGGGUUAAGAGACAGUAGAAUCUGAAUGCAGCGGAGAAGGAGAAAUUUAGUGAGUAGCUCUGUUUAGCAGAAAUAGUUUCUUGGCUACAUAGACAGCUCAAGUUAGAAACCAUGGGAACCCAUAGGAUACGUUGAUAAAUCACGAGCCUACAUUAAUCGAGUCAGUUUCUUGCAUUGCCUUGUGAUUUGCUCUUUGAUAAACUUCUUCUCUCUGUUAAUUUUUAGCUUGGAUAGGUUCGCUGGCCAUCGCGAUAAUCUUUUUCAGUGGGCAUGCGUCGGGAGCUCUCAUCAGUAAAUUUGGCUGCCGUGUCACUGCUCUACUCGGGGCAUUUUUGUGCGCCCUAAGUCUCGGUGUCUCUUCCCUGGCGAAAAACAUUCUCGUUUUGUAUUUCACCUAUAGUGUGCUGUAUGGCCUGGGUACUAGCUUUGUGUUCUCAUCGGGCAUCAACAUCAUUAGCAAGUACUUCAAAAAGAGGCGCUCGUUGGCAAUGGGGAUUUUGACGUGUGGACAAGGGGCAGGAGUUUUGAUCAUGGCACCCGUUUUACAGAUGAUGAUUGACGCGUAUGAUUGGAAGACAACCUACCGAAUAAUGGCAGGCGUGAUUUUCUUGAUGUGUCUAACAGCACUUACCUACAGUCCUAACGUAGAAGGUGAAGAUACUGAAGGAACACCGGCGGAGGAAGAAGACAAGGAAAAAGGAUGUUACAUUGAUGUAUCAGUGUGGAAAGAGCCCAAAGUCUUGGUCCUUAUUUUGUCUUCAACCAUAAUUAUGUUUGGACAUUAUACACCGCAGAUUCACCUGGUAAGUUUACAGUUCAACAACCAUAAACACUCUAGUAAGCCCAAGUGGGGGGGGGGGGGGGAUGGGGGUAUUAAUUCCAGGGCUUCCAAUAAUUCUAGGGUGGUUAUUAGAGGAGAGAAGGUGGGGAGGGUCAGGGGUUUUUAAGAAAAUAUACUUGUAUCGAAACACAACUAUAUUUUGAACUGAAACGUUUUGGUUUGCCUUUUUUCCUUUUAAGGGGAGGGGGGUUCGUUUUGGGAAGGAAGGGGAGGAAAAUGAGAACUUUUAGGUUAGGAGGGAGGUUGUAAUCAAUGAGGCAUGGGGCAUGAAUGACACCAACGAUAUCUCUGAUACUAUUCUCGUUACUGAAAUUAUAUAAGUUUUAUUUUGUUAAAAAAAAAAGCCCAAAAUGGACUAAAUGAGACUGGAUGCCUGUUUAUGUUGAUUCUUAGGUGCGAUAUUGUGAAGAUAUUGGAAUCACUGCUGACGCGGCCUCUCGACUAUUUGUUUAUUAUGGGCUGUCAUCGUGUGCAGGGAGACUGGUAUCUGGUCGUCUUUGUGACUUCAAAAUGAUCAACACAUUCUUUGUGUAUCAGAUUGCCGAGAUAGUCGCUGGAAUGUCAAUUCUAUUUGUAACAAUGGCAACGUCAUAUGUGCACAUGAUAGUGUUCAUUGUAAUUUUUGGAUUCUGCGACGGAGCUUAUAUUACAACACUUAAUCUCAUCGCCAUUACAUGCACUAGCCCCGAUAAAAUAGCCCUUGCGCUUGCAUGGCAAAUGCAAAUGAGUUCGUUUACUACAGCCAGCGGUCCUCCCAUAGUGGGUAAGUCAAUGUUUUUUCUGCCGCUGAUUCUUAAGCAAGCCCGUGAAAACUGAAGUGGCCUGAAGGUAACCGUAAACUAUGAAACUAAACGUCAAGAUUAUGCUCCUCGUGAAAAUUGAACUGACCUGGAGGUACCUGUUAAUCAUGAAACGAAACAUCAAGAUUAUGCUCCUCAUGAUGCUUGGAAGUCUCCUUAAAUUUUUACUUCCUGAGGGGGAUCUUGGGGUUUUUCAAAGGGAAUUCGGAGGGGGGGACAUUCGGUGCCAACAGGGUGUAAAGGGGGUCUAGACAAACUAGGGAAGACAGGGGGUUCAUGAGAAUAUUACAGAGCCCUAUGGGAAGAUCAGGUAAAUUUAUCAUCACACAACAAAAAUCCUCCAAUUCCCUCCCCCCUCCCACGCAUACACACCCACACCCACACCCACACCCACCCCACACCCACACUCACCCAGGCGAUUAGUGAGCACGGUCCCAUCAUCUGCUCAGGGUAGGGUGAGAAGAUGAAAGAAUGAACAGGUUACUUUCGUAGAAAAAGUAAUCAAAUUUGUUUUCCUUCAAACAGGUCUGGUGGCAGACACAAUGGGCUCAUAUACGCCAGCGUUUUAUAUGGCUGGUGGAGUAGUGCUCGCGGGCUCCUGCAUUCCUUUUUUCCUUCUCUGUAGGAAAGAGAGAAGCGCGUCACGUGAUCUUUGGACCACGUUGGGCCCAACUGCAGAAUCGACAGAUGUACCUGAUUGGAGGAAAUCUGUUGUCUACACGGUUGACAAAAAAGCAUCGAUUCGUGAUCCUAACUAAAGACCGAAUUCCCUUAAAAUGGACGGCAUGUACGUUCAUUUUGUCGCUGAUUCAGUUCACAAUUAGCUUGUUCUGGUGGUUCGGAGCGAAAUAAUAAAAGGCACGAGAGUAGCGGCCAAGUGAAAAGUGAGGGAGGCUUGGGUCGGGUCGGGUCGGGUAAGUCCCAAACCUCCCUCGGUUUUUCUCUUUGCCUCGCGCCGUUUUAGCAUUUCGCUCUUAACGUGUGGAACAAACUACUUCACAAUUAUAUUAGCUUUCUAAUGUUCCUGGAAUUUUUAAGAGAAGAGAUUGAGAUGAAGUACUAUCACGACUAAUAGACAAUUUAUAAGAACUGAUCUGAUGGGGUAAUAAUGUUGGGAAAUUAUACUUGAUAUCUUCUUUUCCUCGCAAUAUGUUGUGGAAUUGUUAAGAAGGACACAUUGCUUAUAUUCUUCCCUAAUGAUGGUGUAUUGUGUGUGAUUGUGUUAUGUGUGAUGUGUGCAAUGUGUGUGAUGAGCGCGAUGUGUGCGAUGUGUGUGAUGUGUACGAUGUGUGUGAUGUUUCAUUUCUUGUUUCGUCGUGUUGCUUUAUGCGUCUUUGAAUAAUUAAUAAUUUGAUAUUUUUUUUAAGUUUGCUGUAAUUUUUUGAAUGAACUCUAGCGUAAUAUGCCAUACGCUAAUGAUGAUGUUUCUCAAAUCUGAUAAUGUUUAUUGAAUUAUUUAUUAAUAAUUGUAAUAGGAUCGAGUUGGGUCCAAUCUGUUCUGUAAUUGUUUGAAUGAUUGGAAAAAUCAGGCAACAUGAGUAUGAAUGCAGACAGAAUAUGGCGACACAAAGUCGUGUUACCAUCAGAUCAAAAUUAUGAAAAAAAAAUUGAGUUAUGAAAUAUCUAAUGGUC